AUGGCUUCGGCUAUUUCGGAACUCGACGAGGCAUGGAUUCCACACUGUUUUGUCAAAAGCAAGUCUAAAGAGUUCAUUGGAUGUACGAGUAUUAGCGAAGCGUUUCAUCGUUUGGAUUUAGCUCGAGGCGUUUCCGACGUUCGUCGUUUCAGCUAUAUCGCCAAGGUAGUCGAGAUACUUGUCCAGGAAAAGGUCCAGAAUCUUUCGGGUAAUGCUCGGAAGUCAUUACUUGGGAUUCUGACGGCUAUUGUACUACGAUCUUCUGAAGAAGACGUACACAUAUCAACAGCCCGAGAACUGGUUCAACAGUUCGGUCAAGCUCUCGACGGCCAUGUGUGCGGUUCACCUCAACUGGUAUCUCGCCAUCAGCAUGCAGCUAGUUCACUUCUGGACGUCAUCUCUGAUAGACAGCCAAAAACGGUAGCGUCUGCCGACGAAGCCAGCACCACGUUCCUGGAUCUGCCCAGAGAGAUUCUCUCGCUUGUGCUCCGACGCCUUCCUGAUGAUCGCUCCCUCCUGGAAACAGCUAAGGUACGCGGAAAAUAUUUUUCUCGAGAUUUUUGA